GCACAUGGUGUGUAUGUACUGUACAUCAUCAUGCAGAACCUCCCCUCUCUCUCUCCGUCUUUGUUUCUUUCCCACCCUGUAAAGCGCCCUUAAGGCAACACCGCAAGGGAGACAGCCCUUGUGAUAUUUCGCAUUGCAGAUUGCACACUUUCCAGCUCUCACUGGGGCCUGUAAUGUUUUUUUUUCACGCUCAGUGUUAUUGUUUUUGUAUGUAUGUGAGGCAGCUGCCGCUUCCCUCCACAUUCCACGUGUGUGUGUGUGUGUGUGUGUCUAGUAGAAAAUGAAGAACCACAACAAGCAUUGGAUUAGCGUGCAUUUGUGAUUUUAGAAGAGUUGCUGUCAUUGCAUAGGAAAGACAAAGGAACAUAGUGUAUUUCUAUGGAUAUGAGUGCAGCAGGAUUGAGACAAUUCUCUCUAUACAUGGUUCGGAUAUAUGAUAUGAAGCCUAAUUUCUUUAUAUGUCUCUUUCUUGUAGAGUAUAAUAAUAGAAUAUAUUUUUUUAGCCUUUACUGGCCAUGUAAUGGGAGGCAAUUCAAGUUCUUCAGCAGGAAAAUGGACAAUAACAGCACAGCAGAAUACAGAAGCAUGAGUUAGUAUUUAUAUUUACAGUAAAAAUCAUCAAUAUUAGUGAGCAGGAUUACUGUUGAUAACCUUGCAAGGCAUUUUUUCUAGGGACACAUUCAUGAAAAAAAACUGCCAUAUUGGAUUGGAUAUAUUGCAGUUUGGUGUUGGUCCAAAUGACAGUUGUUUGGCUUUGGUUCUGGUCUGUGUCAUUUUAACUUAGAUGUGUUUUUUGUGCGCCCAAAAAUGCAUUCAUUCAUUAAGGUAAUGGGAGAAGAAAUUGUCUGGUACAGGGUGAAACAGUUUGUUGUUGUUGUUGUUUCAUUUAUGGACAGUGUGCACUUUACAUUAUUCAUAUAGACUUGAUGUUUAUUCAUAUUGUGCUUUUUAGUAAAAUUGUAACAUUUUUCAUACAAGUGUAAAUAUUUUUGGGGUCAUGAACGCAUACAGUAUUUAUUUUCCCUUUUCUGGGCAUUAUAACAAGAGAAAACAAGUUAGUAUGAGCUAGCUAACAAUGCACGUAACUGGGAUGUACCUAUUUCGACUAUGAAGCCCUCUCAAAAAAAAACUAUAACAAUGAUAACAUGUAAUACUUAGAGUAUCUUGUCAUAUUUUGAUUAUUUAAAGCAUUACCAGAACUUAUUUCCUAAAUUUAGCUAUUAUUUCCGUCAAUAACAGCAACAUAAAAACAACAAUGAAACUUGUAUUGUCCGCUCUCAUUGGGAUGGCUGUGUCUUCCAGCAAGUCUUCCAACAUGUAUGCUCCAGUCAUCAGGUAAAAAAAUGCUGACAUGCAAACGAGCAUCUUCUUGAGUGUUUGUAGCGAAAUUGGUGUUCCGUUUCCGUCUUCCACAUGGACUGGACAGGAAUUGGACGGUGGUUUUCCAGUGUUCUCCUCUCCCAUUGGCUUUAGAGCUUCCACUGUGCAACAUGAAUGUUCUCGGUUCAUGCUAUUAUAAUGCAAUGGUGCUGUUGCCGUGCCUUAUGUUUAUAUUAUUAUUAUUAUAUUCUAAUCUCCACUGAAGUACAUUAAGUUUUGUCACCUCACUGUAGUGUCCUAUAAUGGUUCCUCGUACACACUUAUUACCUCAAUGGAGGAAUAGAAGAGCAUGUGUGUAUGUUUUUUUGUGUCUUCUAAUGAGGUGCUUUGCAGUGCAUUUUGUUGCUCUAUUAGGCUUUUGGACUUAGCGUAGUUACAGACAAGUUGUAAAAUGAUAACAGAUGCAUGUGGGGCCUCACAGUGCAGCGCGCUGUUUUUGAUAUGUAAGCGAAUUCCCGACAAUGUGUAGCGCACGUGUGCACCAGUACUGUACCUACAGGACAUAACAAAGACAACGCUCGUCGCUCACUGUGUUUCUUGUUUACACAAUAUCGUGUCAUGACAAUACAGAUGUGAUAUCUGUGCUUGUUGAUUAGCCUCGUCUCUGACUUAAUGCAGAUGCAGUGAUAGAUUUGUGUGUGUGUGCGUGAAAGAGAGAGAGACUGAUUGAUGACACCGCUGUUUGUCAAGCCGACGUGACAGGAUUCAAAGGUUGUUUCAGAAGUCUAUUGACGUGAAUCGGUGAUUUAUUCAGAUUUAGCUUAGCGAGAGGGUGAGCUUGUUGAGGCUGUGCCCUAAAUAAGCACCGUUAUCCAGGCAAAAGAUUGAUUAACAUUGGUUUAGUUUGGGCUGUCAUGUUAUCCAUAUCCUUUACAAGCUAAUGUUCAAGCCUUGACUUGUGUUUUGCUGCUUUAAUGGAGUCUUACGGAUGAGGCUUCUCUCUGCUCUUGGUCGUUUUGGAUGGCCGGCCACCCCUGUGUCUUUCUGACGGUGGAAUCAUGAACGCUGACCUUAACCGAGGCAGUUGUUAAGAUGUUGUUGUGGGUCUUUUGUGACUUCUUGAAUGAGUCUUCUCUGCGCUCUUGGUCGUUUUGGAUGGCCGGCCACCACUGUGAUGGAGCCCAUGACGGUUACUACGUCGGUGGCAGGACCAGAUGAGUUCGACCGCAAUGCCCCCCGGAUCUGUGGGGUGUGUGGCGAUAAGGCCACCGGCUUCCAUUUCAACGCCAUGACCUGUGAGGGCUGCAAGGGCUUCUUCAGGCGCAGUAUGAAGCGUAAAGCCUCCUUCACCUGCCCGUUCAACGGAAGCUGUACCAUCACCAAAGACAACCGCCGUCACUGCCAGGCCUGUCGCCUCAAGCGCUGCAUUGACAUCGGCAUGAUGAAAGAGUUCAUCCUCACAGAUGAAGAGGUCCAGAGAAAGAAGGACAUGAUAAUGAAGAGGAAGGAAGAGGAGGCGGCCAAGGAGGCGUCAAAGCCUCGGCUUAAUGACGAGCAGACCCAAAUCAUCACUUCAUUGGUGGAGGCUCAUCACAAGACUUACGAUGCCUCUUAUGCGGACUUCUCACGCUUUCGGCCUCCUGUGCGUGAAGGUCCAGUAACACGCAGUGCCAGCAGAGCCGCCUCCCUUCACUCUCUGUCUGAUGCAUCCUCUGACUCUUUCAAUCACUCUCCUGAGUCAGUGGACACGAAGAUGAACCUCGGCAACCUGCUAAUGAUGUACCAGGAUGGUGCCAGCAGCCCCGACUCCAGCGAGGAGGACACCAAGCUGUCCAUGCUGCCCCACCUGGCCGACUUGGUCUCCUACAGCAUCCAGAAGGUCAUAGGGUUCGCCAAGAUGAUCCCGGGCUUCAGAGAACUGACAGCAGAAGACCAAAUCGCUCUGCUGAAGUCAAGUGCCAUUGAGAUCAUUAUGCUGCGCUCCAAUCAGUCAUUCAGCCUGGAGGACAUGUCCUGGAGCUGUGGAGGACCUGACUUUAAAUACUGCAUCAAUGACGUCACAAAGGCCGGCCAUACUCUUGAGCUGUUGGAGCCGCUGGUGAAGUUCCAGGUCGGCCUGAAGAAGCUCAAUCUGCACGAGGAGGAACAUGUCCUGCUCAUGGCCAUCUGCCUGCUGUCCCCAGACCGCCCCGGUGUGCAGGACCACGCCCGCAUCGAGCAGCUCCAGGACCGCUUGUCAGAGGCCCUGCAGGCCUACAUCCGAGUUAACCACCCGGGCGGACGCCUCCUCUACGCUAAGAUGAUCCAGAAGCUGGCCGACCUGCGCAGCCUCAACGAGGAGCACUCCAAGCAAUACCGCUCGCUCUCUUUCCAGCCCGAGCACAGCAUGCAGCUCACCCCGCUCGUGCUGGAGGUUUUUGGCAGUGAGGUGUCAUAGCAGGAGGGAACAGCAGAGAAAGAGAGAGAGAGAGAAAAAAAACAAACAAACACCAACCCCUCUUUUCCUCAACGCCGGAAAAAAAUACCCUGGCUUUCAUCAUGUGCCACACUCCUCCACACUCGGAUACCAAGUUACCAUCGUCUUGGAUGGAUCAUCAUCAUCAUCAUCAUCAUCAUGGUUAGAAGCGACUCCCAUCAUCAUCUUCAUGACAAUCCUCCAUUGGAAUAGAAGUGUGCUUUUAUGUAUCUUCCAAACAAGCGUUUGCGGGUCAUAAACAAACUUGGCGUGUUGAGCCAACGAGGGGGGGUUGUGGGGGGGGCGUGGGGGCACAGGAAAAAGAGAGAGUUACUACGGUUGUAAUUCCUUUGCUCUCUGGGACAAAAGGGAAUUUUGCAGGAAUGUCUGUAUAACGCUACAUAAAUGAAGUGUAUAAGCUGAACUAGAAAAAGAUAUAUUCUAAAUAUAUAUAUGUAUAUAUAUAUAUAUAUAUACUGUACAUAAACAGUAUAUAUAUAUUUGAGAGAGUUAAUAGGAAGCAAGGAGUUGUAUAGUGUUGUGGAUUAGAAGGCCGCUCAUCUUUGAAUGCUGACGUGUGUGUGUGAGGAGUCCUUGUAUAGCUACCUGUGUGUGUGUGUGUGAGUGUGUGUGUAUUUUUGAGUAAUAACAAAUGGACCACAAGGGGGGUGUGAGGCCUCGGCGCAGGGAACAAAAUAACUUUUAUUUUUUGUAUUAUUUUUCUGGACCUGUGAAGUUUGUUGAAUGAUGACAUCACGUUUUGUCGCAUAGUGACUCAGACUAUCCACCGCAUUUUUGUUAGGCUGCUAUAAAGAAGACAGUGACGAGAUAGUUUGUCGGCUGUUAUCUCAGGGAAAAAAAAAAAAAAAGGUUUGUCUGAUGACGACGAUUGAUUUAUGAUAGUGUGAUAAUGGCGUGCGUGGCGUAAGCUAAUACAAUCAGAAGACGAGAAAGAUUGUUUUCAAAGCCCUCGGCAUCACUGUGAUUUAAUCGAAAACAGUUAACGUAAGCUACCAAAUUUGAGAACCACAUUUAAAGGUCAAAGGUGAAGUUCAUUUCCAUAUGCAUGCAUGAGUGUCAGUUUUGGCAGGAACGUCGGGUGCUUUCGACUUCAUGCUGUAACACAGGCGAGUCCAAAGACCAGCCUGGAGGCCAUUUUUUUUUUGGCCCUUCUGAAACAGAAGAAAAAAAUAGCUUUUUUAUGUGUAACAUAAAGCUGAUAUUUGUUCUGUAAAAAUAUUUUACAGUAAGUCACCAAAAAAAAAGUAUACUGCAUACUUUAUUUUUUAUGUAUGCAGCCACAGGUGGAAAAAGUGUGGACAUCCCUGGUGUAAAAGCUCCUUUUUGAUUUUUUUUUUAAAAACACAAUACAUAUCAGUGUUCUCAACACAGUGCGCAGGCCUACAGCUCCCCCUUGUGGACGAACUUUGUAAAUACCACUUGAUCAAUCUGGUUCUGUAUAUAUUUAGAAUUUAAUGUAGGGAAAGUAAAAAAUGACUAAGAGAAUUGAAGAUGCUUUAUGCAACAAGGACAUGGGUGUGUGGAGUGGACAUAUUUAGUCAAUAAUAUUGACAUUUUAACGUGUUGAUAGCUAUAUGACUAAUCAAUAUAUUGCCACCGCAAAGGUGUCUUUUUCCAUCCAUACAUACAUCCAUACAUCCAUCCCAAGCUAAAGGAUCUUUUUCUGUCUCUUUGUAGUCAACGGAUAAGCUCUUUAUUUUCAAUUUGGGUGCAAAUCUGUCUACUUUGUGCUUGGCUUGCUUUUAGUGAUGAAGCGAUGAAGUUACCUUGGAUGUUCUUUUGUUUUUUCAACUGCGCAACCAUAUUCCUCAGAAUCCUCCUGGACCACCACAACAUCAGCAAAACCUUCAGGGAAAAGGAGUGACAUUUUGGCCAGGACACACCUUAACAGAGUGAUGGUCCACUCACACUGCCUCAAAAUGACUGUCGCAUUAAGCCAAUGGCAAACCAGCAUGGGCGUGCCUCUUCAUCAUCAAGUAUCCUAUACUACUUCUACUACUGCUACUACUACUACUACUACUACUACUACUACCGUUGCCUCAAUCAUCUCAGCUUUAACUCAGCAGCCUACAAGGUUCUGCUUCUUCUUUGGUGCACCAAGGGCUGAUGGGAAGUGGACCAGUCGCUUAAGCCUGUGAACGAGUGUUUUGAAUCCCAUUCCCUUGCUAAACCAACAAGAAACACAGACACCCCCCCGCCCCCCCCCUCCCAAGACUUUGUAUAGAGCCUUUAACAGGCAGGAUAUGCAGUGACUGAUAUGAACCCAAAGUGGUCAACACGACCUUUCUCACUACUCUGGAUCACUUUUACCGACAUAUUCGAAACAAAUGUUUGCCACCAACAUUACCUGUUCUACUAAAGAAGGAAUUCUCGGGAUGGGAGACUCGGAAGAAUGGAGACGGUUCAUAUUGUGUGAUCUGUCUCUUUAAGACGAGUUUCCCGUCCCCCUUCAGCCAGGUUUGCAGCUCCACCUCUGUCGCCUUACUUAAAGGGUGCUUACACGCUAGUACACUUUGGUGUCUUUUUUUUUUUUUUAAUUGGACUCUGGUUUGUUUUCCCCUUGGUAUGAUCCGAUAUCAAUCCGAUUCCAACUUUUCAAUUUCAUGUUGACUGGCUUUGAAUCGUGACAAAUGGUGAAUGGUAUCUCCCAAACCGGGUGUAUUAUGAUCUCGUAGGAAACCAAUCACUAUGGUCCCAAUCACAAUCCAGAAUCUUUCAGUUGAGCCGAUCCAAGUUGCAAAUGCCGGAAUCAGAUUUGACCCAAAAUUACAAAUGUAAACCGAUGACUGAACGCAUCAUAAGCUAUGCAAAUAUUAUUCUAAUUUUGCUCAAUUUUGAGUCUGUCGACUGAAUUGAAUUGUGAGUUUUAGGUGUUAGGUUUCACACUCACACUAAAAAUGGCCGGUCAACUGAAAGAUAUCUCAAUAGUCCGUUACGCUCAUUAGCGCUGAUGAAAUUACGAAUCCUUACAAGAACAAACUCUGUUUUUUUGCUUCAAAAGUCUGCAAAAGGACCAGAAUCCAUUGGGAAAAUGAACCGAGUUAAUGAACUGGGAACACAAAGUGUCCAGUAAUUGUGAAAGCACCCUUCCAGAAACCUCACCUGCUCAUGGAAAUGGAUACCUCAAUCAUGUCAUGGAAUGACUUUUUCACAAUAGCCUUGAAGGGAACCAAACAUCUGCUCAUAAACCACACACACACACACAUACACACACACUCUCCCUUAGAGGAGAAUAGUUGUAUAGUAAUCACGUCCCAAUGUCAGGAAGACUGUUCAGUGUGUUAGUGGAUCCCAAUGUUUGGAUGUUCUUACUUCUCUCUUAUCUAGUCUUUUGCCUACAGCUUAGCUUUACUAGUUAGCGCUGCGUUAACCAAACAUACUACCUCUCCCUUCAGCACAUAGGGCUCUAAUUUCGUAAAUCAGGCGCGGCAACAGGGUUGUGCCCGGCGCACUUUGCUAUUUUCGUGAGCAGCGCUGCGCACCCACGCCUCCGUACCUCUCACCGGCGCAAGUUGCAAAGAGGGAGGAGAAAAGAAGUGAGAGGGUUUAAUCUUAACCAAUCAAAUGGACGUAUGUCUCUCAUUGCCUUUUAAAUGCACAGUACUGGACUGCGCAUCAUGUACGCCCCCCCCCCCCCCCCCCCCCCCACGGGACACGUCAUUGUCUUUGAUCUGAUAUCAGAUGUGAUGGGAUGAUUAAUACAAAAAUGUACAUGCUGGUUCAGACAGGUACAUUAAGUAGUGGUUGCUGGUUGCAUUGAAAUGUGCCUGACAUGUCAGCCUAUUUAGUACUGCACAGGGUGCGCUUCACCUGCGCCAGGAAGGUCAGGACUGGCAACCGUUCAGUGUACCGUUAUCACUGCACCAAGCUGAAAAUGUGGACACCUCCCCUGGUGUGCCGCCACCCCCAUAUCGGCGCAGUCCAGUCUACCAAAUUACCAAAUUGGCUGCACACCGUCAUGGUGCGCUGGACCAAAUUACCACCGCCACCCUGUGCUGCGCCACGAUUAUUAGAGCCCAUACAGUCAGUGUAAAUAUGUAUAUAUUAUUAUUAUUAUCUUAUCUAUUAUUUUGUGUCCCAACAUGAUUGUGUUUAACCCCUUGUUUUAAUUUAACACUAACUGAUGUACAGUCAUUUUUCCUGGAUGAGUUUACCUCAACAUAUCUCCACAUAGGCCUACAGAAUCUUAAGUCAAUCAUAAGUCUGUUUUUUUUUAAUUACGUAAUUUAGAUGUUAGCGAGAAAAUGCACUUAAUGGGGAACUGCACUUUUUUGGGGGGAAUUUUGCCCAUCAUACACAAUUCUUAUGUGCAACAUGAACACAUUUAUUUCCAUUUUCUGUGCAUUAUAACACAAGAAAACAAGUUUUAUUUUCAGCUAGCUCACAAUGCUGUUAUUGGGAUACACCUAUUUCGAUUAUGAAUCCCCCUAAAAAAAAUAAACACUUAACAACAUUGCACUGUUAUGAUCAUGCGAUAACACGUACACUGAUGAAAACAUGUAAUGGUAGCACUAUUUUGCAGUAUUUUAAUGAUCUUAAAACACUUAUUUUCUCUGCGGAUUGAUACACAUACUAAUGCUAGCUCUGUGAAUAACAAUAACGACGACAAUACUUACGAUCUCUGCUCUCAUUGGCAUGGCUGUGUCUUCCAGCACAGGACGUGUGCUCCGGUCCUUAGCUAAAAAAUGCUGACGGUAAAGGAGAAUCUUGUAUGUAGUGAAAUCGAGAGCUAGGUAUCCACUCUUGCAUCGUGUUAGUUAGCUAGUAGCUAACUGUAACUAUUACAUAUUAUCAUCAGUGUACCUGUUAAUGCAUGAUCACAUCAUGUAUAUCAAACCAUACCAAACCAUUUUUUUAAAAGGGCUUCAUAGUCAAAAUAGUUGUAUCCCAAUGACAGCAUUGUAAGCUAGCUGAAAUUAACUAAUUUUCUCGUGUUAUAAUACACAGAAAGAUGAAAGAAAUACGUAUUCACAUUUCACAUAAGGAUUAUAAACGAUGAGCAAAAUUCCAAAAAAAGUGCAGUUUCCCUUUAAAACUGGAAUGAAGUGUCACCCCAGGUUUAUAUUAGCUGGUGGCCCCCCCCACAGAGUUGUACUGUGUACAGUAUAUUUUACUCAUGUGAGUAUAAUCAACAAUUCUAAUUUUAUUAUAUUUAUUCAAUCAAACCUAAUCAAAGUCGGAAAUAAUUUUAAAAGUUGCAUUGGUCAAAAAUAAAUUAAAUCUGAUCCUGUUACAAUUCCGGAACAGAGUACUGGGGAAAAUUAAAAAAAAAAAAAAUGUAAUAAAGUAAUGUAUUUUUUUAAGUAUUUAUUAAAGCUCGAAAACAAAUUCGGUACAUUAAAAGGUUUAACUUAAAAACAGGAAAAUUCACUUUUCUGAAAAGAGUAACUAAAAAGUAAAAUUAAUUAAUCUCCAAGAAUAAAUUAUAAAUAUUAUUUUUUAAAGUUGUAAUAAUUUCAGCCCGAUUGUAUUUUCUUUUUGAGAAAUUGUUAGCAAUUGUAUUAUAAUAGUCAAGUCAAUACCGUUCAGUAAAGUCUUAUUUUUCCCUGAAAAUAUUGUAAAAACAUAAAAAUUCUGUAAUAUUUCACAUUUUUUAGUGUAAUAUUAUGACUUUUUUUCUAAUAGAAUUCUAACUUUAGUUCCAUAAUCCUCAAACUUAAUUUAUUGAUCAUUUUAAGGUUUCUUCGUUAUAUAAUUUGUCACUUUCCCCCCCCCACAGUCAUAUGACUUCACAGUUGUAUUGUAUAUUUUUGUUGUAAUAUUUCGACUUAUUCUGACAUUAUUGCGACUUUAUUUAGCAGUGAAUACGAUACUUUUCUUCAAUUAUCCGUACUACCGUAGUAGUGGCACUUUAUUUUUGCAAUAUCAUGACUGGACUUCAUGUUCAUAUAUUUUGACUUCAUUAGCGUAAAACUUUGAAUUUUGACUUUAUUCUUAUGAUAUUGUUGGUUUUCAGAAUAUUCAGACAAUUGUCAGUAUUUUGGCGUUCGUAGUAAAACCAGAAUGAUGGACGCCAUCACAUUGAUGAACAGACUUGUACAAAAGGGAACACUACUUCAUUAGUGUGACUGUUUCGCGACUUUAUCAAAAAUAUUGUAACAUUGGGAUCCUUUUUAUUUUUUUUUCUUCAGAUCAUAAAGCUGCAUAUAAUAUUGUUUACUUUAUCUUAGCUCCUCCCACUCCAAGCCAAACCACCACCACCACCACCACAACAACAACAGCAGCAGCAACAACACAGCAACUCUUUUUCAGCCUUCGUCUUACACUUGUUAGCUGCUUGCUGCUGGAAGCCUUCACCUUUCUACUGUGAAUUACACACACACACACACAGCCUUUAGUCAUCAUCACUAUUACAUCACAUGGUGCUCUCCUCAGGUUGACAACACCAAAUGUGGGGCGCCAGUGGAGGGGACUGAGCAACACCAAAAAAUGGUUAUUAAUGAUAACUGCUACCUAGCGUAAUAGCAAUGACAUCAAUAAUCUGUUAUGUCAAAGUAGCCUUCCAGUAGUUUUUCAAAUUGAAUCACCAGUUCACAUAAUACAAAUCAGCAGACUAAAAAAAAAAUAAGUCAAAGGCUAUUGUAAUUGACACGAUCACUCCUCCCACCAGUUAUUAGUCAUAACCACCACCUAUCACAGUUAAAAGGAAGAAAAAAUACACAGUCCAAGGCGAUUUUGUUUGUUUGUGUUGUCUAAAUCAGGGGCGUCACUAGGUUCUGAGGAUGGGGGGGCAGUUAUCAAUUAUAUAAUAAUCAUUAUUAUAUUAUUAAUUAGCCUAUUAUUAUUAUUAUCAUCAUCAUCAUUCUUCUUCUGAUGACUACUACUAGUAGUAGUAGGCUAGUAUUAGCCUGCUUCUGCCCUAUUAUAUGAAAUUCGUCAAAGAUUUUUUUUGUUAAAUUUUUUUGUUUUUAAUUUAAAAAGUUAUCUAGUAGGCUAGUAUUAGCCUGCUUAUUGGCUUGCUUAUUAGCCUGCUUCUGCCCUAUUAUAUGAAAUUCGUCAGAAUUUUUUUUGUAAAAAAAAUUGUAAAAAUUAUUUUACAAAUUAUCUGAUUAUUACUACUACUACUACUACUAGUAGGCUAGUAUUAGCCUGCUCAUUGGCUUGCCUAUUAGCCUGCUUUUGCCCUAUUAUAUGAAAUUUGUCAGAUUUUUUUUGUAAAAUUUUUUUUUUAAUUAUUAAAAAAAUUAUCUGUUAUUACUACAACUACUACUAGUAGUAGGCUAGUAUUAGCCUGAUUUGCCCUAUUAUAUGAAAUUUGUCAGAGAUUUUUUUUGUAAAAAUUUUUUUAAAAAUCAAUAAAAAUUACAAAAAAAUAUUUUAGGAGGACUGAAACCCCCCUAAAAUAAGCCUAAUGCUGCUACUGGUAUAAAUCAUGCCAGUUAUUCAUGAUAACCGACACUUAUCGGCACAAUACAAUUACACCCAGUGACUUGAAAUAAUCCACAAAGUCAAAUUUCCCUGCAAAAAUCUUUGAAAAAUGUAUUUUAGCUUCAUUAUUGCAAUACUAGCCCUGGGAUUGGCUCCAGCAUACCCAUCGUGAUCCUAAUGAGGAUAAGCAGCAUAUUCUUGAGCCUUUAGUUAAUUUUUGUGCAUACUUUAAAUGAUUGUGAUGCACCAGUAUGUGUCAUAUAAUUCAUGUAGCCAGUCCUCCCAGUUAUCAUUGAUAACCACCACCUUGCUUCAUACAAAUACACAGAAUGACUCAAAAUAAUCCACCACAUGAAAGCAAACUGCAACUGCUGUUUAUGCAUAAUAACUACCACCUAAUUUAACAGCAAUAAACCACAAAGCAGCCUUUUUUUAACGUUAACUCCGCAAAUGGAGCGGCCACUUAUUUGUUGUUGAACCUGAGGAGAGAACGAAUCAGCUUCUUUCUUUCCGCUACCUCUUCUUUGCUCAUGCACUUGUACAACACACAAUCAAACUUACUGAUGUUGAAUACCAUAUAUGUAAAAAAAAACACACACAAACACACACACAGACACACACCACUGUGUACAGUGUGUGCUUGUUUUUCCUUCACCAGCAGUUCUUUGCCAAUGAUGCACUUCUCUAAAUGUUCCGUCUUGUGUGAAUCUUCCUUCUAUUUUGUCCUCCAUUUGUCUCCAAUCUUGGUGUGCCUCGAACCCACAGCCUUAUUUUGGGACAAUAUCAGGGUUUCACCACUUUCACUCCAAUACGUCUGAAGCUAUUGACGUUUUCUUUUGAUAAAGACCAUGACCUCUGGUGCAAAUAAUAAUAAUUUAAAAAAAUGCUAAUAAUAUUUAGUCCCAAGAUAAGUACCUUUUAUAAACAAGCACGCCACCAUGCAGUAAAAACCCCAACAGACCUCAUCAACGUUGUCAUUUCUCAGCAUCACACAGUUGCCAUGGCGUCACUCUCGAUGACGCGUCCUCCAACAGGAAGUACUGUUGUACAUACACAAAGUCAACCGCUGUCUUGUCCGUUUUUGUCAUAUAUAUGUAUGUGUGUGUGUUGAUGUUCUUCUCUCUCUUUUCUUUCUUUCCAACCUUGCAGUUGAUCUAUUGUACUACGAUGACAUGCAUUGUAUUUAGUUAUACAACAAAAAAGUACUGAUGAUGAUAAUGUGUCGAGCAAAUCACAAAUAAAGCAGCUGUAUAUAAUAUGCAAAAAAAUUGUUUAAGCUGUUUUUUAAACUAAUUAACAAAACAAGACUUAUUAAUCAAAUAAUUACAAUAUUCCGCAUAAAACAAAAAAUAUAUUUCUAUGUUUAAACUUACUGUAUAUACAUGAUGAAAAUGAUUAAUUUUCCACUUGACGCUAAUAAAAUGAAGCUGCCUG